AUGAAAGCAAGUGAUAGCAGUAAUUACAUGCGCAGCCUUUCGACUAUUCUUGAAAAAAUUUCGAGGUGGAAGAAUAAGAAACCACUGAAUAACAAUGGUACGUCUACUACAGUCAUCCAAAAACAAACACAAAAAGCAUUCAUCCCUACCGAAGUUUCAAAGCAGACGAAGGACUUGAAAUUCAGUGAAAGCAAAGCUUAUUUUGGAAUUGAUAAGCGAAAACCACUACAUGAAACGAUAGUAGCUGCUUCGCAGUCCUAUCUGGAAGCUUGCGAUUCUGCAACUCAUAGACGGAAAGUAACAGUAUCGUUUUUGAGCAGUUUUGCGGCAAUAUGUUUCUACUUCUGGUAUUCCAGAAAGGAUUAUGAUGGAUUUUUGAAUGCUCCUAAAUACGAAGUGGUACCAACCCUGAAAAGGUAUGCUUUACGCAAGCAGAUAGAAGAAGCAAAUAAAAGCGGAAAAGAUACGGCAUAUUUAAAGGCGGCGUUAGAAUAUGUUGACGUAGAGGAAGCUGUCUACCGAGCCGAAGAGGGUGCCUUUACGCUUGACAGUUGAAUUUCACAUAUUUCACAUUGUUAGUGAUUGCUACUGAAAAC